CAGCGGACAGCGCGGUCAGCAUCCCAAUUUGGAUGCGUCUCCUCGGCCGGCUUCCUUAUCUGCCCCGUUUCUUAACGCCGAAGAGAUCGACUCGGAGCCAACGGUUUAUAUUGACCUACUUCAUCCGGCGACCAUUACCAUGAGCAGGUCAUUCCCCUUCACCCUCCUUGCCCUUCUUUCCCUUCUCAUAGUAUUCGUCUUCUCAUCUCUUCCUCUACUGACCUCCGCCAUGGCUGAGCCGACCACGAAGCACCCGGAACCGGAGGAGGCCACUGUCCAAAUUGUCUACGUGCAAAAGCCAGAGACAGAGGAGCCCGAGGCCUUCCACAUCCAAACCCUUGCCGCAGUCCUCGGCAGUGAGGAUGCCGCCAAGGAAUCGCUGAUCUACCAUUACACGCAUGCGGCGAGUGGAUUCUCUGCGAAGCUGACCAAGUCGCAGGUCGAGGAAUUGUCGAAGCAACCGGGCGUUCUUCAGGUUGUGCCAAGUAGAACCGUCAGCCUCAUGGGGGGAACCCAGCCCCACUGCCACCGCUGCUAGACACACGGCUCAGGGGAGUGCGAAGCUCUAAUAAACGAAGAAACAGUUAAUGCACAAGAGAUUUGAGUGUUAUAUGUAAAUCUAAUAAUGCCAUCCUCACCACGACAACAGAUGUACUGCUAUGCUAUGAUAACUGAUUGCGUAAUAUUAAUCUUGUUUAUUGGCAAUGCUAAA